UUUGACCACGUUGACCACAAGAUUAGAGGUGGUGUGGGGGAAGUCUGCAUUCUAGACUGCAGGAUGGCAGGACGCAGUGAGGAUGAAAGUGUUAGCAACAGCAGUGGCGAAUCAAGCAAUUCAGAUGAUGAAUCCGGUUCUGGAUCGGCAUCUGGAUCCGGCUCAGGUUCCAGUUCAAGUUCCUCAAGCAGCAGUAGCCAGUCGGGGAGCAGCGACUCAGGAAGUGGCUCAGACUCUGGCAGUCAAUCAGAAUCUGAGACGGAGAAAUCCAAGGAAAAAAUUGAUCCUCCAAAUAAGUCAAACAUUGAUGGCGCGGAGUUUUGGAAGUCCAACCCAAGUAUCCUAGCAGUCCAACGAUCUGCUAUGCUCAGGAAACAACAGCUCCAGCAGCACCAACAGCAGAGACAAAGCUCUUCAAACAGUGGAUCUGAUGAGGACUCAUCAAGUAGCGAUGAAUCUGACUCUUCAAGUGGAUCCAAAAGGAGAAGAAAUUCAGGCUCCUCUGACUCCGGAUCAGGCUCUGGAUCAGGAAGUGGAUCUGGAUCAGACUCCUCUGAUGAGAACAAUAGUCAUGAAACCGUCUCAGACUAUGAGCCCAGUCAAACAACAAAAAACAGAAAGCCUCCAACUAAAAUGAAUUUUCGAAACGGCAAGAAGAGCAGCUCCCAGAAAAAGAAAACCCAGAAAUGUUCAUCUUCUGAGGACGAGGAGAACUAUAAGAAGGUCGUCGCCGCUGGUCCACGACGGCAGGCCACAGUCAACAUCAGCUAUAAGGAAGACGAGGAGUUGAAAACAGACUCGGAUGACCUUGUGGAAGUUCUUGGGGAAGAUGUCCCUCAACCGGAGGAAGAUGAGUUUGAAACACUGGAGAGAGUGAUGGACAGCAGAUUCGGAAGAAAAAGGGCUGUGGGAAGUGUGACUACUGUAUACGCAGUAGAAGCAGAUGGAGACCCAAAUGCGAACUUCAAUUCAAAUAAGGAGGCAGGAGAAAUCCAGUACCUUAUAAAGUGGAAGAACUGGGCCCACAUUCAUAACACUUGGGAAACAGAAGAGACCCUUAAGUUGCAAAAUGUCAGGGGUAUGAAGAAACUGGACAAUUUUAAGAAGAAGGAUCAGGAGAAAAAGAAAUGGUUAAAGGCAGCCUCACCUGAGGAUAUUGAGUAUUUCAAUUGUCAAGAAGAACUAAUUGAUGACCUGCACUCUCAGUACCAACUUGUGGAGAGGAUCAUAGGUCACUCUAACCAGAAGUCAGCUGCUGGUUACCCAGACUACCUGUGCAAGUGGCAGGGAUUACCGUAUUCAGAAUGUAGUUGGGAAGAUGGAGCUCUGAUUUCCAAGAAGUUCCAGAAAUGUAUUGAUGACUACAUGAGCAGAAACCAAUCAAAGACCAUUCCAUCCAGAGAUUGCAAGGUGCUGAAACAGAGACCAAGGUUUGCGCCUAUGAAGCAGCAGCCCCAUUACAUAGGAGGUGAUGGAUUAGAGCUCCGAGACUACCAGUUGGACAGUUUGAACUGGAUGGCACACUCGUGGUGCAAAGGCAAUAGCUGCAUCCUCGCUGAUGAGAUGGGUUUAGGGAAGACCAUCCAGACCAUCUCUUUCCUCAACUAUUUGUUUAAUGAGCACCAGCUUUUUGGGCCUUUCUUGCUUGUUGUACCGCUUUCAACGUUAACCUCAUGGCAAAGAGAAAUCCAGUUGUGGACACCUCAAAUGAAUAUUGUCGUCUACUUGGGGGAUAUAAGUAGUAGGAAUAUGAUCAGAACACAUGAAUGGAUGCAUGUUCAUUCCAAGAGGCUGAAAUUCAACAUCCUCCUUACCACAUAUGAGAUUCUUCUCAAGGACAAGUCUUUUUUGGGCAGCGUUAAUUGGGCAUUCAUUGGUGUGGAUGAGGCACAUCGACUGAAGAAUGAUGACUCGCUCCUCUACAAGACUAUGAUUGACUUCAAGUCCAACCACAGGCUUCUGAUCACGGGAACGCCUUUGCAAAACUCUCUCAAAGAGCUAUGGUCCCUGCUGCAUUUCAUUAUGCCCGAAAAAUUUCACUCGUGGGAAAUGUUUGAGGAGGAACAUGGUAAAGGACGGGAUUCUGGCUACACCAGUCUGCACAAAGAACUGGAACCUUUUCUUCUACGCAGAGUCAAGAAGGAUGUGGAGAAAUCUCUCCCUGCCAAAGUGGAGCAGAUCCUCCGAGUAGAAAUGAGCGCUAUCCAGAAACAGUAUUACAAAUGGAUCCUGACCAGGAACUACAAGGCUCUGAGUAAAGGUACCAAAGGCAGUACAUCAGGUUUCCUAAACAUUAUGAUGGAGUUGAAGAAGUGCUGUAACCACUGUUACCUGAUUAAACCUCCCGAGGACCAUGAGUUCCUCAACAGAGCUGAAGCAUUGCAGCAACUUAUCCGCAGCAGUGGCAAGCUGGUGUUAUUGGACAAGCUGCUGGUGCGUCUGAAAGAGAGAGGCCACAGAGUUCUUAUCUUCUCCCAGAUGGUUCGGAUGCUGGAUAUCCUUGCUGAUUACCUGAGAAGCCGACAGUUCCUCUUUCAGCGAUUAGAUGGCUCUAUCAAGGGUGAGAUGAGGAAGCAGGCGUUAGAUCAUUUUAAUGCUGAUGGCUCAGAGGAUUUCUGUUUCCUCUUGUCCACACGGGCUGGUGGACUUGGUAUCAAUCUGGCUUCGGCUGACACAGUUGUUAUCUUCGACUCUGACUGGAACCCCCAAAAUGAUCUUCAAGCCCAGGCCAGAGCUCACAGAAUUGGACAAAAGCGACAAGUGAACAUCUACCGUUUGGUGACAAAGGGUUCAGUGGAAGAGGAAAUAAUAGAGCGAGCAAAGAAGAAGAUGGUGCUGGAUCACCUUGUCAUUCAGAGGAUGGACACGACAGGAAAAACGGUUCUCCACACGGGCACUGCUCCCUCAAGUUCAGCACCAUUCAACAAGGAAGAGUUGUCUGCAAUCUUGAAAUUUGGUGCUGAGGAGCUUUUUAAAGAGCCAGAAGGCGAAGAGCAGGAGCCCCAGGAAAUGGAUAUUGACGAGAUUCUCAAAAGAGCUGAGACCAGAGAGAAUGAUCCCGGACCUUCCACGGUGGGAGAAGAACUGCUAUCUCAGUUCAAGGUUGCAAACUUUAGCAUGAUGGAAGAAGAGGAAAUAGACAUGGACUCUGAGCGUAGCCAGCGGAGUUGGGAUAGCAUCAUUCCUGAGGAACAGCGGCGGAGGAUGGAGGAGGAGGAGCGACAGAAGGAGCUGGAGGAGAUCUACAUGCUGCCGCGGAUGAGGAAUUGUGCCAAACAGAUAAGCUUUAAUGCCGGUGAAGGCAGAAGACAAGGCAGGAGCAGAAGAUACUCGGGGUCCGACAGUGACUCUCACUCAGAUCGAAAGAGGCCAAAGAAACGAGGUCGGCCUCGGACCAUUCCACGGGAAAAUAUCAAGGGUUUCAGUGACGCCGAGAUCCGAAGGUUUGUCAAAAGUUACAAGAAAUUUGGGGGACCACUGGAACGGUUGGACGCCAUAGCUCGUGAUGCAGAACUCGUAGAUAAGUCUGAACACGACCUCAAACGUUUGGCUGAAACUGUUCAUAACGGCUGUGUGCGAACGCUAAGGGAAAAUCCUUGUGGACCGGAAAAAGCUUCUGGAGGCAGGAGAGGGAAAGUAAAAGGACCCACAUUUAGGAUCUCUGGUGUUCAAGUCAACGCCAAGCUUGUUAUUUCUCAUGAGGAAGAGCUGGCUCCACUUCACAAAGCCAUUCCUGCAGACCCAGAGGAGAGGAAAAAGUAUAUGAUUCCAUGCCACUCAAAAGCAGCGCACUUUGACCUCGAGUGGGGGAAAGAGGAUGACUCCAGCCUGCUAAUCGGAAUCUAUGAAUACGGUUACGGCAGCUGGGAGAUGAUUAAAAUGGACCCAGACCUCAAUCUAACACACAAGCUGCUACCAGAUGACCCUGAUAAGAAACCCCAGGCCAAACAGCUACAGACCAGAGCAGACUACCUCAUCAAGUUGCUGAGCAAGGACCUCGCCAAAAAAGAAGCUCAGAAACAAGGAGGAACAGCAAAUUCUCGGAAGAGGAAGCCAAGAAGCAAAAAGAGAGAAACUCUGAAGCCAACUCCGAUAGACGAGAUGAUUAAGAGCGCUUCGUCGGAUCCCCCGUCGGACAAACGGUCUGACGAUGAGGAUGAAAUCGAGGAGGAAAAGGAGGAGACGCCGGCGAAGGCUCCGAGCAGACGAAGCAGAGAUCCAAUAAAGGAAGAGAAUCAGGACGAAGAGGAAGAUGAGGAGGAGGAAGAUGAGGACGACGACGAGGAAGAUGAGGAGGAUGCCCAACACGACGAUGGCUCUUCAUCUGGUGAAAGGGAGUAUCAUGAGGAUGUUAAGAUAGAAGGCAAAAAGGAGCAAAAAGAAGACAUCUGGGACAGUAAAGAAUCAAAGGAGCCAAAAGAGAAAAAAGAAGUCAAACCUUUAGAAGUGGUCCACAAACAGGAGGACGACACGGAAGAGGCCGAAAGCAAAGCUGAGGUCAGAGAACGAAUAAAGAAAGCUCCUGAUCUACCGGUCCAUAUAAUGGCAAGUGGAGAUAAUUUUCCAAUAUCUGAGGAAUCUGAAGAACUCGACCAGAAAACCUUUAGCGUGUGUAAGGAGAGGAUGCGGCCUGUAAAAGCGGCGCUUAAGCAGCUGGACCGACCGGAGAAGGGACUAUCUGAACGGGAGCAGCUCGAGCAUACGAGGCAAUGUCUCAUCAAGAUUGGUGACCACAUCACCGAGUGUCUCAAGGAGUAUUCCAAUCCUGACCUCAUCAAACAGUGGAGAAAAAACCUGUGGAUAUUUGUUUCGAAAUUCACUGAAUUUGACGCCAGGAAACUGCAUAAAUUAUACAAACACGCCAUCAAGAAAAGGCAAGAAAAUGCUCAGGCAAUGGAGCAAAACACCAGGAAUUCAAACCCAAUCGGUUUUAAAAACACAGAUAUCGAACGUCUGAGAGACAACUCCCACCAGGACGACAGCAGCAGGGACAGUUACAGCUCCGACAGGCACCAGCCCUCUGCUCGUUUCCACGACGGCAGCAAGGAGAGGCACUCCGCGGAGGCCCACAGGAAGCCCGCCGGAGAGUCGCGAAAGCGGCCGUACUCCACGUUCAGCAACGGCAAAGACCACAGAGACAACUACAGACCCGACAGCAGGGAUCGAGACAGGCACGACAGACUUUACAGCGACGGUAAGCAACGAAAGCUAGAGGAAGCGCGCCCCGGCAGAGACCACCGGCCGGACCCGAAAGAUCUCUCGCACUCGGACCAGCGCUCGUCUUACCGCUACCACUCGGACUGGCAGACGGAGCAGCGGUCCUCGGCCGGCGGACCCCGCUCCCCCCGGGACCAGCGCUCCCCGUACGACUCGCGCUCCCCGUUGGGCCACCGCUCUCCUUUCGACUACUCGUCCGACCACAAGAGCACACCGGAGCAGAUCUGGAGCGGGCGCAAGACAUAACAGGAGCUACCCGGGCUGGCUAACGCAGCCCACUCCACUCCCCCCCGGUGCCUUACAGGGAAACUGUAGAAAGCACUGUGCCACGACCGGAGAUGAACGCUAAACGGCGCCUCGAAACCAGGCAGCAAAGAAAGAAAAAAAAAGACAAAAAAAAAAAUCAUAGCAUAUUUUUGUAUUUAAGAGUUCAACGCUGCACGCAGCACAUUUUUUGUUAUUUUUUAUAAAGUUUCCUUUUCUUUUUACCUCUGGACACAAUCGACCCUGAGCGCUGCCUCAUACUCCCACCGACCCGUGACACUGGAUCCUGCGUUUUGACUGUUGUUCAUGUCCGUCUCUCCAUUUUUAUUCAAAUGUGAUUACCUUAUUUAAGUGUUAAGUCAGUCGAAGCGUCAGACGUCACACCAAUCAAGCUGACGUAAAGGUCCAGACUGGGCUCAGGCUCGCUACCUGACGUACCUCAUUUACAGAAUUUCUCAGUUGUUGGUGAGAGGAGUAAUUUAAGAAGAUUUUAGCUGUAAAAAAUGCAUUUGCUUUCGACAUUUUAUGAGCAAUUUCUUCCCUUCCGUGACCUUGUUUGUAUAUUGAUGUAAGAUAGUAAAUCGGUGGUCUCUUUCCUCAGGCUUUUUGGAAUUUAUUAAGAUUUUACUUUAUCAACUCAGGCAACUUUUUUUUUUGUUCCGCGACGAGUUUCUGUAUCAUAGUCCUUUCACGCUUUCAGAAUGUAACUUUUUGCUAAAGGGAAAGUUUGUUUUGAGUGCUUCUUUGUUGAAAUCAGUCUAAAAAGACCUGCUUAGAUAUUUUUUUCCACAUUUGUUUCUCUUUUCUGUUUGGCAUUUCGAUGUAGGCAAUAAUAAUGUCAAUGUUCUAUGCAGCCAAGUAUAUUUGUGGUGAACCACCUAAACGAAUGAAGUCACUGCUACGGUUCGGUGUUGUACAUAAUUUCCCCUCUAUAUUUCAAAUUUACACUGAGAGUGCAUGGAUUUUUAUGAACCGUUUUUAUAUAGUUGUUUAUGAAGCCAUUAAAAUCAAUCACUGUACUCUUCAACUAGCGCCGAAUAUGAUUACUCGUUGUAUUCGAAUGAUUCUGUGCGAGAGUAAUUGGGCAAGGGUUUAGGUUUGGUCUCAACAUUGGUAGGGACGAUAUGACGGCAUAACAUUUUUUGAAGGGAGCGGGAAAUCAGGGCUACAUUUCUCACCAAUAUGGACCUAAUUAAUUGAUAGGCUGGAAUUUAGUCGAUCAAUUAUUUUGAUUUAUUGUGCAUUGAUCAAUGCAAAAUAUUGAAUUUUACUAGCUUUCAUGUCUAUUAGUUCAGGUGAAACCAAGAGCGUAGGUUUGCAUAGGGUUACAGUGCCCUCCAUAAUUAUUGGCACCCCUGAAAAAGAUAGGGCUGUCAAACGAUUAACAUUUUUAAUCGAGUUAAUCACAGCUUAAAAAAUAAUUAAUCGCAAUUCAAAACAUCUAUAUAAUAUGCCAUAUUUUUCUGUAAAUUAUUGUUGGAAGGGAAAGAUAAGACACAAGAUGGAUAUAUUUUAGGGCUGUCAAAAUUAUUGCGUUAACGAGCAGUAAUUCAUUUUUUUAAUUAAUCACGUUAAAAUAUUUGACGCAAUUAACGCACACGUCCCGCUAAGACAGUAUUCUGCCGUUUGCCAAGUUUUACAGCAAGGCUUUUUGUGCUGUCUAACAGCGAACUCUUGUGGUCGCUUUGCGACAUAACACCAUUUACCAUUUCUUGCCAUUUCAAUAUGGCUGCACGACGUCUCGGGCUGACGCCUACGUUGUAAUGUUGUGCUUAUAUGAUCCUUGGACAAGAUUUGUCCGUAAGUAUGGUUGUUGUAAAGAAUGUACAUAUUAUGUUAGUAAGCGAAUUGUUAUAUUUUUUGUAUGAGACGCUUCUUGUUUAUGUUUAGUGAACCUGUAUAGCGUGCUAAGCUAACGUUGUUGCUAAUGCAAUGCUUGUGUACUGUUUUUUUUGUAGUUUUACGACGGUCUAAAGAGGACAAUGGUUUGAGGCCAUUUUAUUAAUAAAUCAGAUGAAAAAGGAAGAAAUCUGAUUAUUAAGGCGUCGUUCACUCUAGCUAGCGUCGUCUAGCUUUGGAAAAAGUAGACGCUUCAGAGUGAGGACAGCAUAGACAGAUUUAAAUGACAGUAGAGUGAAAUGCCCACUACA